AUGGUCUACCACGCGAGCACCGUGUGGCUCUCGCUCGCCCUAAGCCUUUUCGCUUCUCCCGCUCUUGCUCGUAGUGUUGGACCGAGAGAUCCCGUCCCGGAGGGAUACCAUGCCGCCCCUUACUAUCCUGCGCCGUACGGCGGCUGGCUUGAUUCAUGGAAGGACGCAUACGCCAAGGCCCAGGACUUGGUGUCGCAGAUGACCCUGGCCGAGAAGACAAACAUCACGUCUGGAGUUGGCAUCUUUAUGGGACCCUGCGUGGGAAACACCGGAAGCGCUGACCGUCUGGGCUUCCCUCAACUCUGCCUCCAGGACUCGGCGCUCGGCGUCUCGUCUGCCGACAAUGUGACCGCCUUCCCUGCGGGCAUCACGACGGGGGCUACCUGGGAUAAAGCCCUCAUGUAUGCCCGCGGAGUUGCCAUGGGCAAGGAGUUCCGGGGUAAGGGCGCCAACGUCCACCUCGGCCCAUCGGUUGGCCCACUGGGACGGAAACCCCUGGGCGGGCGCAACUGGGAGGGAUUCGGUUCUGACCCUGUGCUUCAGGCGAAGGCGGCCGCCCAGCACAUCAGAGGCGUUCAGGAGCAGGGCGUCAUUGCGACCAUCAAGCACUACAUUGGCAAUGAGCAAGAGAUGUUCCGCAUGUACAACCCAUUCCAGCCGGGGUACAGCGCAAACAUUGAUGACCGCACUCUCCACGAGGUGUACUUGUGGCCGUUCGCCGAGGCGGUACACGCCGGUGUCGGUGCUGUAAUGACGGCGUACAAUGCUGUGAACGGCUCUGCUUGCUCCCAGCACAGCAACCUCAUCAACGGCAUCCUCAAGGACGAGCUUGGUUUCCAGGGCAUGGUGAUGUCUGACUGGUUGAGCCACAUCUCGGGAGUUGAUUCGGCCUUGGCCGGUCUCGACAUGAACAUGCCAGGCGACACCAACAUCCCGCUGUUUGGGUUCAGCUUAUGGCAGUACGAGAUGACCAGGUCUGUGUUGAACGGUUCGGUGCCCGUGGACAGGCUGAACGACAUGGCUACCAGGGUUGUGGCCGCCUGGUACAAGAUGAAGCAGGACAAGGACCACCCGCGGCCCAACUUCUCGUCCAACACGCGUGACCGGGACGGCCUUUUGUAUCCCGCAGCUGUCUUCUCUCCCACUGGCCAGGUCAAUUGGUUCGUCAACGUCCAGGAUGACCACAACUUGGUCGCCCGCCAGGUGGCCCAGGACGCCAUUACGCUUUUGAAGAACAACGGCAGCUUUCUCCCGCUGUCCGGCUCGAGCAAGCUCACCGUCUUCGGCACCGACGCGCAGGUCAAUCCUGCAGGGCCGAAUGCUUGUCUCAACAGGGCGUGCAACACGGGUACACUUGGCAUGGGUUGGGGGUCUGGUGUGGCGGACUACCCCUAUUUCGAUGACCCCAUCUCGGCCAUCAGAAAGAGAAUCCCGGACGUCAAGUUCCACAACACGGACAACUUCCCUCUCAUCAUCGACACGCCCUCCCCGGAUGACAUUGCGAUGGUCUUCAUCAGCUCCGACGCGGGAGAAAACAGCUUCACUGUCGAAAACAACCACGGAGACCGCGACUCGGACAAGCUGGCGGCCUGGCACGGCGGUGACAGGCUAGUGCAGAAAGCGGCCGAGAAGUUCAAGAACGUCGUCGUUGUCGUGCACACCGUCGGCCCUCUCAUCCUAGAGUCCUGGAUCGACCACCCCUCCGUCAAGGCCGUGCUCUUCGCCCACCUCCCAGGCCAAGAAGCCGGCGAGUCCCUCACCAACAUCCUCUUCGGCGACGUCUCCCCCAGCGGCCACCUCCCCUACUCCAUCACCAAAGCCGCGACCGACUUCCCCGACAGCAUCGCCAACCUCAAGGGCUUCGCCCUCGGCCAAGUCCAAGACACCUACUCGGAAGGCCUCUACAUCGACUACCGCUCGCUGCACCAACAAUCCAUCCAACCCCGCUUCGCCUUCGGCCACGGCCUAAGCUACACCACCUUCACCCUCACCAACGCCACCAUCCAGCCCAUCACCACCCCCCUCUCCUUCACCCCACCACCCCGCGCCCCCAAACCCUCCCCCCCCAUCCUGCCCACCACCCUCCCCGCCGCCUCCGAAGCCUACACCCCCGAGGGCUUCACCAAAAUCUGGCGCUACCUCUACCCCUGGCUCCCCAAGCACGAAGCCGACGCGGCCCACACCAUCGGCGUCGAAGGCAAGGAGAAAUACACAUACCCCGCCGGCUACGCCACGGAACAGCGCCCCGGGCCCGCGGCCGGCGGCGGCGAGGGCGGCAACCCGGCGCUGUGGGACGUGGCGUGGGAGGUGGCGCUGACGGUGACGAAUGCGGGGGAGAGGUUUGCGGGGAAGGCGUCGGUGCAGGCGUAUUUGCAGUUUCCGGAGGGGGGGGUGUAUGAGACGCCGGCGGUGCAGUUGCGGGAUUUCGAGAAGACGAGGGAGUUGGGCCCGGGGGAGAGUGAGAGGGUGACGGUGAGGUUGACGAGGAAGGAUGUGAGCGUGUGGGAUGUGGAGUUGCAGAAUUGGGUGGUUCCUGGCGCGGAGGAGGUGGGCGGGGGGAGGUAUACGGUUUGGAUUGGGGAGGCGAGUGAUAAGCUGUUUUUGGCGUGCUAUACGGAUACGGGGGAGUGUGAGGAUGGGUUGGAGCCGCCGGUUUGA